UCUUUGCAACGAUUUUCCGUUUACGUUUACUAGAUAACAUACAUAUAUCAAACUAAAAAAUGUUCCAAAUCGCAGGCUGCUCCUUGUGGCUGUCGUUGUUGCUGCUGGCCUUGGUGCGUGGCGGCAGUGCGGAGUUAUUUCGUCAUCGUUUGACCAUCUUUGCGGAGGCAGGUCGCAUGGAAUGCUACCAUCAGCCGGUGGCAGCAACCGAAAUUAUAAUACUCGAAUAUCAGGUGAUAUACGGUGGUCAGGGUGAGGCGCACAUCAAUUUCAACCUGAUGGAUCCGCAGCGCAAUCUGCUAGCCUCGGAUCACAAGCUGCAGAGCAAUAAGUAUCGGAUGGACGCCAAUGAGACGGGCGUCUAUAAAUUGUGCUUUGACAAUACGAUCAGCACGUUCAAUCAGAAGAUUGUUGUCUUCUAUUUGGAGAUAGCGGCAGCCAACCAGGAGGAGCUGGAGCGCCAAGCGCUUAUCAAGGAGAUGACCACGGACUAUCACUUCGAUCGCACCUACACACACAUGCACGACUACAUAACCAAAAUCGGGGUGAACAUAAUGCGCUCGCGCCAGACCCAGGACUAUAUACGCACACUGGAGGCCCGCGAUCGCAAGCUGGCCGAAUCGAGCUUCACGAUGGUCAACAACUGGUCCUGUGCCCAGUUCAUAGCGAUGAUCAUCGUUGGCAUGCUGCAGGUCUUCAUGUUGCGCAGUAUUUUUAAUACCGAUGGCCGUUUUUACAAGUUGUGGAAGAAAUUCUGAAUCAAAGUCUGUUUUAAUUGAAAAUGUUAA